ACCUCCCCGGCGCUGCAGCUGUGAUAGGCAGAGAGAGCAAUGGGGAGAAAUGAAUAAGAACCAGAGCUGAAACCGUGCGCAGCCUAACCCUGUCUGUGAUCACAGAUACUCCAAGUGAAAGAAACAGGAGAAGGGGGGGAGAGAAUUAAUCAGCUCUGCCUUUUGCACCAGGCUCAGAAGAGAAGUGCCUGUAGAUACUUAUAUGUAUAUAUCUAUUUAAGAAACCGACAACCACCUUACACUGAAUAGACCCUUUCUUAAAAAGAAAGUGCUGGCAAGCCUUAAGCAAUUUCCUGAGUCUAAGAAUAGAAAUGGGCUGUCUGGAAGGCACUGCAGGCUGAAAUUUGGAGACCUAGGUUGCUUCAUUUUUUUGUUUGUUUGUUUGUUUUUAAAUAAAACCCUGCCAUUGGGAAACUGGAUUUUAAUUUUGCACUUUUAAACUGUAGGGGUUGGUGGGGUUUAUUUUUUCUUCCACCCCCCAUCUCCCUCUCUCUCUCUUUUUAACUUAAACAAACUCUCUGUCCUCCUCCAGUAGAAAAACAUUGUACCUGCAUGUGACAAUCCCAAAGGGAGCUGAGCAGCGAGAGAGGGGAAGCAACUAUCUUCUGCACCAUUUUACUCCUACCCCCCACGGUUGUUUUUUUCUGGUGGGAAGGGGGGAGAAGGAUCUUUCCCGGCCAAGGUUUUCUCUCCCCAGGUUUUGGAAGGGGCUUGAAGACUGUUCCCCCUAUUGGUGGGGGAAGGAAGAGGGCGUGUUGCCCUUCACACUCUCUUGCUUUGGUUUUGUGAAGGGCUGAAACAGUUUUGGGGGUUUGGGGUCUUCCUGCCCCGCCUGGAUCAAGAGGAUGGUUUGGAAAUGGCUGGGCGCUUUGCUGCUUUUCCCCGUGCAGAUGGUCUAUUUGGUGCUCAAAGCUGCCGUGUGCAUUCUGCUGCCGGCCAGGCUCCGGGACUUGUCCGGGGAGAACGUGCUGAUCACCGGCGGGGGCAGAGGCAUCGGUCGCCACCUGGCCAGGGAGUUUGCUAAGCGAGGAGCCAGAAAGAUCAUCCUGUGGGGUCGAACCGAGAAGUGCCUUAAGGAAACCACAGAGGAGAUUAGAAUGAUGGGAACAGAGUGCCAUUACUUCAUUUGUGAUGUGGGAAAUCGAGAGGAAGUCUAUCAGCAAGCCAAAGCUGUCCGGGAAAAGGUGGGUGAUAUCACCAUCCUAGUGAACAAUGCUGCUGUCGUUCAUGGUAAGAGCUUGAUGGACAGCGAUGACGAUGCUCUACUCAAAUCACAACACAUAAAUACCCUGGGACAGUUCUGGACCACCAAGGCCUUCCUGCCACGCAUGCUGGAGCUGCAGAAUGGGCACAUUGUUUGCUUGAACUCUGUCUUGGCCUUGUCAGCCAUCCCUGGUGCCAUUGACUACUGCACCUCCAAAGCCUCUUCCUUUGCCUUUAUGGAGAGCCUGACCUUGGGCUUGCUGGACUGUCCUGGAGUGAACGCUACAACAGUCCUGCCGUUCCACACCAGCACAGAGAUGUUUCAGGGCAUGAGAAUAAGGUUCCCCAAUCUUUUCCCCCCACUGAAGCCAGAGACAGUGGCCAGGAGAACAGUAGAAGCUGUUCAGCUGAACCAAGCCUUCCUCCUCCUUCCGUGGACAAUGCAUGUACUUGUCAUCUUGAAAAGCAUUCUCCCUCGGUCAGCACUUGAAGAAAUCCACAAGUUUUCUGGAAGCUACACCUGUAUGAACACGUUUAAAGGGCGAACAUAGACCUGGCCGUACUUAGACUCAUUCUAAAGUGAAGCCAACACAAGCAGCAAAAUCCUGACAAGAUUGUGAAUCAACGGUCUUGGCUUUUAGCCUGCCUUGCUCGCGUGACUUGUGCUGCUCUCAGGCAACAAAUUUCUUGCAGGUCAUAUCCAUAGCAACAUGACCUUUGCACAGGACCGCAUGGCUAGACUGGACUUUUGGGAGGAACAACAAAAAUGUUGAGAUGUUUGUACAAUGUUUAAUUCUUUAGAGUCUGACUGUUAAAUCUGCUCAUAGUUUUAAGAUUUAAUUGUACCCUUAGGCUGCUCCAACCAGGGCGCAGCACAUCCCUCCCCACUCUGCUAACAGGAAGAGCAACUAGUGUUGAUUUCAGAUCAGCUUAUUGAAUGAGAAUUUUAAAAAUGGCUUUGCAGGGUUACUAGCUAAGGGUGUUUAUUGGGAUCCCACUUUUUCCCCCCUCACUGCAUUGGGUGGCUGUACUUUACAACCAUUGAAGCCGAUUGUUCCUCUAAUUCCUUCGGCAUCUCUGGAAAGGAGCAAAUAGCUGGUCCGCUCAGGGGCCACUCAAGAAGCCUGUAUGUGGAAGGACAACGCUAGCCAUAGCAAGUCUUUAUGGCUGAAGUGGGAGGCUCAGAAAGAACAGUGAAUAAUGGAAGGUCCCACUUGCCGCUGAAAUCAUGUACAGAAAGUAAUGGUCUUUCUGACUAUUUUUGUUCAUUUAGGGUGAAAUAUAAUUUCCUUUUAGCAAUAAUCCCUAGAUUUCCACUCAUUUAGCCAGUGUUGGCUUGGAAACAAACUAACCUUAGGGCCUUCCU